AUGGCCGAUGAUGUUCAAGGAGCGGGGGCUAGCCCCAAGAAUGAACCCACGCAUGUUGAAACUACCGAAGAUGCCGAGACUCGUGCCGCAAGACGGGAGCUUAAGCAAUCAUCCAUCUCUGACCAACCUGAUAGCCCAGGUGUCGUGCCGACCGCUGAUGACAACCGGCCAGAAACACCUAGUAUAGGGAUAUCGGCUGAGAAGAGCGACGAACUGAAGGAACAGGUCUCGUCGCCCAAGAAGAAGCGCGCCCAUGACCAGCUAGAUUCAGAGCAAGAGCCGCAAGAAAACGAUGCGACGAGCGUAACCUCCACCGACUCCGCCAAGGACAGAGCAACUCGUCUUGAACCGGAAAAGAAGAGACACCGUGAUGGAGAACCUGUUGAUACAGCAUCGCAAACCCCCCAUUCGAAUAAGACAGGAGACGACCAGGAGAAGGACACCAACAACGCGACUGGCCAAUCGACAACGAACGCCUCUAAUAAUGCCUUUGCUGGCUCUGUCUUCGGCAAAUUAGCUUCUGGCUCCUCUGGUUUUGCAGCCUUGGGGUCUUCUCAAGGUAGUGGGUUCGGCUCAGCCAAGCCGACUCUGUCAUCAUUCGCUUCCACAAAAUCUGCACCAAGCGCAGAACCAGACUCUACUGGAACAGACAAAAUGCCGGCAGCUGCCGCUCCAAAGCUUUCGUUCGGGUCGAAUUCCGGACUUUCUCCCUUUGCAGGACUCGGGUCGGGAACUAACGGAAUUGGAGGUGGUGCAUUUGGCUCCAGGUUAUCGCCGAUUAAGCCAUUAGGCAGUUUUUCCGGCCAAAGCGCGAAGGCACUCCAAAGCGAGAAGCCAGCAAGACCAUUCGGAGCACCGGAGAGUGAUGUGGAUGAUGAUGGCGCAAAUGAAAAUGCGGAAGGGGAGGAUGACAGUCAACCUGAUGACGAGGAACGAGGGGCGUCACCAGAAAAAGAUGGCGAUGACAAGAAGCGGCACAGGCUUCAUAAAGUUGCCAUUGACGAUGGUGAGGCCGGUGAAGUUACGGUUGUGUCUGUCAGAGCAAAAAUGUUUAGCCUUGACAAGCAAUCGGGUUGGAAAGAGCGAGGAGCUGGCAUGCUAAAAAUCAACGUUCCCCAUGCAAGCGUUGAGUUUGAUGACAACGGCGCUGUAAUUCAAGGCAGCUUCGACGCCUCAGCACUGGAAACAGGUGACAACGGGGCUGAUGGGAACUCUUCUGGCCCAAAAGUCGCUCGUCUCAUCCUGCGUCAGGAUCAAACUCAUCGAGUCAUUUUGAACACUGCCAUUCUUCCCGCGAUGGAAUUCCAAGAGAAGGCUUCCUUGAAGUCUGUUGGUAUCUUGUUCACAGCAUUUGAAGGAGUAGAGACGAAGCCGGUGAGCAUUACGAUGAGGAUGUCAGCGGCAAACUCAAAGCUGUUUUUGAACGAGAUUAGUGCCAUACAAAGGGAGCUGAGGGGGAAUUAG